AUGGCCGAGAGCUGCUUCCACGCCACGCAGAACAAGAACAAGACGUGGCUGUUCCUCCCGGGCUCCGACGAGCGCUCUAAGGGCAGUGACGGCUCCAGCUCCAUUCGAGGCAACAGCAUCACGGGCGUUGAGCGACCAUCGCGUCGAGUGGACGUGCUCGACUUGGACCGGUGCUUCGACACGGCCAUCCAGUUCGCCACCAAGAAGAAGCACCUGGACGUGGCCUGUGACGAGAAGCUGUCUAUGAUUGACCGAGACUUCAUGGCCAUUCAUGCGCGGAUCGCUCAGCGGUACAGCUCGGCUGCGACAGCGAGCGAGAGCUCCACGGAAGCUCAUCAGAUAUUGACCAAGCUGCUCUUCGAGCAGAAAUGGUCGGACGUCGUCAUCGGAGAGCUCGAGUCCAUGCUGACCGUGUCCUUCCUCGAGCAAGGCUGGCAGGAGCUCACGCGCGAAAAGGAGGACCUGGAGCAGCUCCGAGAAGAAGUCAGGCAGACGAACGAGCUGCACAGGCAAGACGCGCAGGGGAUGAAGGAGCGCUACGAAGCCGAGAUCCAGAAGCUGACGGCCAACUUUGAGAGCGUCAAGGGCGACAUGGAGCGCCGCGUGACGGACUCGAAGGAGCAGAUGACGAAAAUGGGCGACACGAUGAAGGCACUUAACGCCAUCUUCCGGCAGAUGCGCGAGGACACGGAGAAGGUGAAGGCGGUGGAGCUCCGGGAGAACUACAUCAAGCUGGAGCAGAAGUUCGAGCAGUGUCGCGAAGAGUUGGAACAGCUACGCCCACUAGUUCACGAGAAGCAGCAGCUCCUGGACAAGAUCGAGGAGCUCAACCGCGAGCGCGACGAGUGCAACGACCAGAUCGCUAGUCUGAAUAACCUCAUAACAACCAAGGACAACAUGAUCGCGUCGUUGAUGGAGCAGCAGAGCGAUCUGAUGGCAGAGCAAGAGCUGCGAGCGGCUCGAGACGAGGAGCUGCGCAGGCAGGCGGAGCAGGAGGAAGAGGACGAGCGAGAAGACCCCCCAUACACGAAAGGUGACGGGCGUAGACGAACUUCGGUGUCCUCGACUGCUGUGUGUGUCCGCUGCAAGCAAGAUCUGCGCGUGAUGUCUGCGAAUGGAGGCCUCACCGAAGGUGACAAAGGAUCAGGUGGCGAGCGCAGCAACUCGAUCAUCGUGAGUGAGACGGAGGGGUUUAAGCUCCCAGUCAAGAAGAAGCGGAUCCAGUGCCUCUACUUCCGCAUCCUGCUGCCAAACCUUGGGGGGCGCCGACCUCAACGGGAAGUGGCGUGGACAUUCAGCUGCAUGCGGUCCAUCAUGUUCGCCAAGCAGAUCGACGACUCCAUGUGCAAGCGCACAGGUGGCGUCUUCCCUCUACGCAUCCGCAUGCCCGAGUACGUCUACGCGUGGUUCUCGCCGUGGCGCUCCAUGAAGGAGGAGAAAGCAAUAGCCGAGGAAGGAGAGAUUGACGCGGGGCUUGACGCUGAAGCUGGUGCCGACCCCAUUGACCCCCAUGCCGUGACCUCCGCCGAGCACCACCAAAUGCAAGCUGACGAGGAUCGGUAUUUGGAGGCCAAACUCUUCCUGUCCCUGUUAGACGAGAAGUUUGGAGAGGACGAGCAGGUUUUCAUGCUCCAUUGCUACCGUGUUCUGGACGUGCUGCUCGCUGGGAGGUUGAACUGGGGGCCACUACGCGAGAAUGUAUCGUACGAGAUGUUCACCAAGGAGUACGACGCUCUUUUUGGACGAAUUCCGACGAACCCUGACGGUGUAUCACCCCCACCGGUCGAACACGUCGCCCCUCAGGUGCCAGCCCAACGAGUGCCGAAGACUAUCUGGAUAUCCCCAUACCACGCAUCACUUGCCACCAGUGUGAUCCUCUCCAAGGCCACCGAAGCAGAGCGGGCGGCGCUCGACAAGAAGAUACUGGAGUACGUGGUCACGAAUGUGCCGGAGGAGGAGCGGCCAGAGAUCUACCUGGAGCCCAAGCUGUCCGACGAGCCUGAGGCAGUGCACAAGAAGAAGAGACCGAAGCUGGACCGGCGUAACAAGAGCAAAAUGGGAGACGACAUGGUCGCUGACGACGCGCCGCCUGCGCCUCAGUUCGUGGACGCGAACCUGUGGGUCGAACUCAUGAUGCUCGAGUACAAGGAGGAACAGGCCCAUCGCCGCGCCGCCAUCCGACUCAUGUUCCAGACUGCUACGACAUCAGCGGCAGCAUCCGCCUCCGAGUCGGCAGCCAACAUGUCGCUCUCAGCCAUGCUGGGCAUCAACUACACGUCGAUGGACAUGGAGCAGUUCCGCGUGAUGCUGCGUACGCUGAACGACGAGAUUCCUUCCUUCUGGGUGGCCACGCUCUUCCGGAAUGCGUACAUGCGUGGGAAUGGCACAGUCAACUUCGAUUCUUUCAUGGACGCUGCCGAGACGUGGCAGUUUUUCUCGACGUGCAUGCGUCUGGAGAGCCCCAGCUCCGUCAUGGCAAGACUGCUAGCCAACCCGCUGUCACGGACGCCGGCCGUCCUAUCGCCCAGCUCCCAAGCAGCUUUCGUGGUCGACAAACUCUUCACUUUCGUUGGGGACGAGCUCCGCAUGACGAUCGAGGCUCUGCCCAUCUGGACGCGCAACAUGACGGAUUCGCUCGCGUACGACAUUUCCUCGUCCAUGCGGGAGGGGAGCUUCAGCGAUGGAGUGCGAAUGCUGACGUCCUUCCAGAGGCUCAUCGACAGUCUGGGAGUAGCCAAGCUUGUGCGCCGCGAGACAACAGGAAGUCUACUGAGCUCCAAGGACCUGUUCAGCAUCGAGAAGGCAUUGGGAGGCCUGCUCGACUUCGCUCGGCAUAGGGACAAGUCCACGGUGGAGCUCUUGAUCGACGCGGUGAGGCAGAAGCUGUGUGUCCGGCGUGUCCAGAUGACGUUUAGAAAGCGCCUGGAGCAAGACAACGGAGCGCCUUUGGUGCUGCGAUCUCUGAUGCAUCGGCGGUACGGCAGCGAUCACCUGGACUACCGUCGACGACGAGCAGAGCGGCCUGUUAUCUGGCUGCGACUCAUAAUCUCCUCGAUCCUGCGGCAGUCGAUGCAGUCGAUGCGGAUGGCGUAUCUCCUCGUGGAGCUCAGCAGUGUGAGCAGCGCCUUCCACGCCGGGCGGUCGUCGCCGCUGCAGUUGUCCGUGUCCAGCUCGCUCAACGGCGGCAUCGGGCCAACCCCCAAACCGAUCUUCGUGGAGCUCAUCUACGACUACUUCCUCGGGAAAUUCGGCACGCGCUGCGAGGCCGAGCGCGUGAUCCACGACGUCUUCUCCACCUGCCGGUCGCUUGUACGCACGGACCCGUUAGCGCAGUUGUUCAGCUAUCUCUGCUGCAUGAGCAACUCGUGCCCGGAGGAUCGGCUUCUGGGCCAAAAUGAGGCGCUGGCCUUCCUUCACGCAGUCUUCCGGUGCGGACUGCACAACUUCCGCCUCAUCAAUCCUACGGACUUCGUGCCGAUCGAUGUGGCUGAGACCAUCUUACAGACCGCGUUUGCCAAGCUGAGCGCCGACCAGAAGAUACGCCUGAGGUUGCGUGCCAUCGAGGCAGCAAGUGACGGCAAGAGCGCCGCGUCCCCGUCGGAGAUUGAGGCCAAUGCGUUCCUUGUGUUCGCACUUCACGAGUGGCGGCGCUACAUUCUUCACCGACUCAACGAGAUCCGCGUGACCUGCUGUACAGUGGAGGAGGAACUGGCCCAGUUCGAGGAGCUGCUCCCGCUGGAAACGCUCGCGGGCAUCUUGCAGAAGACGGGGAUCGCCUACACCUCCGAGGACUUGUGCAUUAUCUUCCGACGGCUG